AUGACCGUCGUUGAGUCGGUAAAGAGCGCCGUCGGGCUGGCUGAUACCCAGGCCACCCGCGAGGAGAUGUCUGCCGCCCGCCUCCCCCUCCAAUACCGUGAUUCCUGCGCACACCUGCUCAUUCCGCUGAACCGAUGCCGACAGCAAGAGUGGUACCUCCCUUGGAAGUGCGAGGACGAGAGACAUAGCUACGAAAAGUGCCAGUACGAAGAGUUCAAGAAGCGCGUUGCGAAGAUGGACGAACUCCGUGCUGCCAAGAACGCACCAAACUCUGUCGUUCAAACCUAUAUACCGGCUGUGAAGAUGCACUUUCUUCUGCUAAUUGCUGCACUGGCAAUUAUUGGCGCGGUGGCCACCAGACGUCUUAUCACUGAGCGUCAGUUUAGACGCCAGUAUGGCUGCCAGCCCAUUGCAAGAUCCUAUAGCAAAGAGCCCUUCCUGGGUCUCGACACUAUCCCCGACACAAUCCGCCAUGUUAGAAAGCACAAGAUCCUUGAACGAGGCUGCGAGAUUUUUCGCACCUACGGCAACACCUUCACCCUUAAGGAGCUGCAGCGAAGUGCAAUCAUGACCAUCGAGCCAGAAAAUAUCAAAGCUAUCCUCUCGCUCAAAUUCAAGGACUACGGCAUCAGUCACCGCCUCGAACCCUUCAAGCCUCUGCUGGGCGAAGGCAUUUUCGACACUGACGGCGAGCACUGGGCCUCGUCGCGCGCCCUUAUCAGGCCCAGCUUUGCGCGCGACCAAGUAGCCGAUUUGACGUCGUUGGAAGGCCUGAUCCAGGACCUCUUUGCUCUACUCCCGUGCGAUGGGAAGACAGUUGUGGACUUGCAGGACCUCUUUUUCCGGUACACCAUUGACUCUGCAACGGACUUUUUGUUUGGACAGUCGGUUGGGACUCUGAAGAAAAGCCAGUCCGAACUUGGAUUCGUCGAGGCAUUCAAUUAUGCGCAGAAAGCUGUUAUCAUGAGAGGCAUGCUAGGCCGGUUGAGUAUGUUUUACCGUGACCGAAAGGCCGAUGAUUCCUACCGUAUCUGCCGGAAUUUCGUCCAGCAGUUCGUCGACGAGGCAUUUUACGCAGCCGAGGUGAAAAAAGAACAGACAGGCAAGGAAGAGCCAUACCAGGAAGCGAAGCGCCAGAAGCGUAUCUUCUCGCAUGAGCUGGCAUGGCGGACAUCUGACAAGCGCCGCGUUCUAGACGAGCUGAUGAAUGUGCUUCUAGCCGGCCGUGAUACAACCGCCAGCCUACUAGGCAAUCUGUUUUUCAUGCUAGCCAAGAAUCCAGCAAUCUGGGAGAAACUGCGGAGCGAGGUAGCGUUCCUACAGGGCCGCACACCAACGUACGAGGAGCUGCGCUGCCUAAAAUAUGUCCAGAGCUGCGUGAAUGAGUCCCUCCGCCUCCACCCCGUCGUCCCCCGCAACCAGCGCGAAGCCCUAGUCGACACGGUCCUCCCGCUCGGCGGCGGCAAAGACGGUCUCUCGCCCGUCUUCGUGCCAAAGGGCACGAUGGUCUGCUACAAUGUCUACGUGAUGCACCGCCGAGUGGACUUCUACGGCCCAGACGCAGAGGAGUUCCGACCCGAGCGCUGGAUGGACGGCAAACUGCAGCCGCGCUGGGGGUACUUGCCCUUUAACGGCGGCCCGCGAAUCUGCAUCGGGCAGCGAUAUGCGCUUACGGAAGUUAGCUAUGUGCUUGUUCGGAUGGCACAGAAGUUUCGUAUCUUGCAGAGUAUGGAUCCUGGGCCCUGGGAAGAGGCGCUGGCUUUGACGCUUUGUUCGAGGAAUGGGGCGAGGGUUUGUCUUACGCCUGCUUAA